AUGUUCAGUCGAAGAGUAAGAAAUAGAAUAAUAAGUGAUAGUGAAAACAGUGAUGAUCAACGAGAAACACACGUCAAUAGCAUAUAUAAUACAUUGUCUGAUGAUGAACUUCCGUUAUCUAAAAGGCUGGAUGAACUGCAAAAAGAAAGGCAAUGGAAGAUUGCAACAGUUAAAGAAAAUUUCGUGCCAAAAAUUAUGAAGUAUACUGAUAAUUGUAGUGGAGUACAGUCGCAAUCGAAUAUAACUGAAAAUACGUCACCUACAUCUAUUUUUAAGUUUUUUUUCAACGAAGAUCUCGUCCGGGAAAUAGUAGAAAACACGAAUAAAUAUAGAAGAGCAAAAGGACAGUGCAGGCAAAGAUCUUCUAAUAAAAUUACGUUUGAUGAUAUAUAUUCAUUUCUUGCCAUUAGUAUAUAUAUGGGCAUUGUUCAGCUUCCUAAAACAUCGAUGUAUUGGAGUACUGAUCCACUUUAUAACUUUCCAUUAGUCAGACAAGCUAUGAACAGAAAAAAAUUCUUGGAGGUCCAGAAGUAUUUACAUCUUAGCGAUAUAGAUAAUGAAGAUAAUAAUGAUAAGGCUUGUAAAAUACGGCCGGUUAUUGACAUGCUAGUUCAGCGGUUUCAAAAAGCAUAUCGUCCAGGACAGUACGUUGUGGUUGACGAAAGUCUGAUGCUAUGGAAAGGUAGAUUGUCUUUCAAACAGUUUAUUCCAUCGAAGCGAGCAAGAUUCGGAUUGAAGAGUUUCGUUCUAUGUGAUUCUGAAACCAGUUAUGCCUACAACAUGAAACUCUAUACUGGAAGAAUGUUGGAAGAAUGGAAUGAUCAAUCGAUUGGAGUUUCCGGUUCAGUGGUAAUGGAUUUAUCGAAAAAUAUUUUAAAUCAAGGAAGAACUAUGUUUUUGGACAACUGGUACUCAUCUCCUGCUUUAUAUGAAAAGCUACACAAAAAUGGGACAAAUGUGUGUGGUACUGUUCGACUAAAAAGAAAAGCAAUGCCUUGUGACGAACAAGUUAAAAAUGCAAAAAAAACUAAAAAAAGGAGAUAUGAUAAAAGAGUAGUAUCAACUUUGACUACUGCACAUACUCCCCGUUUGGAAGAAUCAAUAAAAAUUGAUAGGACUACAGGAGACUGCAUAAAAAAACCAAAUACUGUUAUAGAUUAUAACCAGUACAUGGGUGGCGUGGAUCGCAUGGAUCAAAUCCUCCAAGGAUGUUCUUCUUUACGUAAGAGCAUAAAGUGA